CAUCUUUUAUUUUCCCUCGAACAUCUGUACCAUCCCAACGCCCUCAUUCUGCCAUUUGCGACGGCGCACUCAAGUCCGAAGUUAGAAUUCAUCGUGUUGUGCGGCAUCUUCUCCCGCUGUCUGCGCUGCUUGUGGGGCUCUGGCCACUCUCCAAACCAGUCGACCAGGUACUGCAACAUGUCUGGACAGCUACGCGUGGCUGUGAUUGGCUCCCAGACGCGCCACCCGGACUCUCCAUUGGCCUACACAGUCUACCGAACAUCCGUGAACUACGACGGGCUGUGCUACCACCGCCUUAUCCGUUUCCGCCAGUUCUCGCACUUCGGCAAGAGGCUGAAGCUGGCACCGCAAGCGCCGCGUAUCUCCGUAAAGUUACCGCCCAAGCUUUGGUGGAGUCGCAAGGCUUCACUGCAGCCCGAGACCGUUGAAGCGCGUCAAGUGAUACUCAAUGAGUACAUGCAGCAGGUCUGCACGCGUCCAAUGACGCCUCGUAGCCAAGAGAGACUCCUGAAGCUGCUGCAGGUCGGGGAAUACGCGCCCAAGGAGGAGGAAGACCGAGUUAUCAAUAGUGCACUCAGCUCCAGGCGUCCCAGCACCAGUUUCCUGGAACCCACAUCCGAAAUUGCAAGCAAAAGUUCCCUCCACAAGGCGAUAGUGGAGGAGGAAAGUUUGCCCGACUCUGCUGCCGUUGAGAAGGAGAAACAGCCGCAAGAUUCGCUUACGGACGAGGAAGAGCCGAGUCCAGAGGAGCACAAUAGACUGAACCUCACCGUUCUCCGCCAGGACUCGCAGAGCUCCAGCAACCCCGCGGCUGACGACGCGGAGAUGCGAGAUGGGCCACUGUCGGCGCCGCUGUCGCCCGUGUUGCCGGUCAAGACGAUUCCUGUCAGUAUGUCGUUGAACUCGCAGCACAUGAAACGCGUCAUGUUCGGGUCUCGUGGGGAUUCGGAUCUUCUGGCUCUCAAGGAAGGAGGCAGAGACUCGACCGGCAGUGGGUCCGACUUCUCGUCGACGCCGGAGCGCCACUAUUUUGGUCAGAUAAAGAACUGCAUUGCUAGUAUCGAGGAUAUUAUGGACAGCAGUCGCAAACUCGAGGUCCGCAUUCGCGAGAAGCAGGAGGCCAACCAACCAGCGAGGCUUUUCUAGAGAUUUGCGACGUGGUAAGGCGCGCGUGAGACGGACGUGUGAGCUCUUUGCCAAGACGUCGACUGCUGAAAGGCCGAAGGGGGAGGGAGCUCUCAAUAUUUAUCGACACGUGGACACCAACGUCUGCCUCCCCAGCGAAUGCUGCACGACUCCACGACUCGGUGGUAAUUGUUACAAUAAAAAAAUAUGCUUUUGAUUUUUCAAGGUUUGAGAUGCAAAACCAAAAGUUGCCAUUUUCCACGAGUUUGUAUUAGUCAUCGUGAUGCAAACGAAUAGGAUCGU